AUGAAUAUAGAGGAUAAAUAUAAAUUAAUUAAAGAAAAAUAUAAAGAGUUAAAGGAGCAAAAUGACAUACUAAAAAAGGCUAUAGUGGAAUACAAAAAAGACAUUGAGCAAUUAGAAAAAAAAAACCAAGAACAAUAUAAUAAAUUAAAUUUGAUAGGCGAUAAAAAUAAUAACCUGUUAAGUAGUAAUAAUGACCUAUCAAAUAAAGUAACAACUCUGUCUAAUUUGCUAGAGGAACAGAAAAAGAAUAAUAAUUCAUCAUGGAGAAAUUUAAAAUUACUAUCAACGGGCUCAAAGGAAAGUGUUCAUGAAUCUGCAGCUUUCGAAGAACUCGAAAUUAAGAUCAAGGAAAACGAAAAUUUAUACAAAAAAAUAGAAGAUCUUCAAUCAUAUAAUGAAAAAAUAGAAAAAGACUUAACCACAUUUAGGAACACCCAUCAGGAAAAAAUAACAGAAAAGGAUAAAAUAAUCGAAAACUUAAAUGAAACAAUUAAAUAUUAUGCUAAAAAUAUGGUUAAAGUUGAAAAAGAAAAUGAAGAAAUAAUAAAGCAGACAAAAGAAAAUAAAAUUCAAUUUGAUGAAACUAUUGAUAUAAAAAAUAAUCAAAUAAUUAAAAUAGAAAAAGUUUGUAAACUUCUAAAAAAUAAAUGUUAUCCAAAAUAUAAAAUCAACUUUAACUCAAUUCCCUUUUUUCAUAAAUAUAAUCAUUGUGACUAUUAUAUACAAAACAAAAUUAAUGAGCAUAUAAAGUAUUUUCAAUAUUUUAUUUCAAAUAUAAUACAAAGAUUUAUUGAAUACUUAAACAUAUGCAAAGACCUGUUUAUUUUUCAAGAAACACAACUUAGCUCGAUAUAUAACAAGUUCGAAAAUGAUGAACAUAUGGAAGACCCACAAAACAAAUUUAAAGGUGAUUAUUCUAAAAUUGAAAGUCUCAAGAAUAUUUCAAGCAAGGAAAUUAUAUGCCUUGAGGAAAUAUCAUCAUUGUUAAAAAGUUUGAAAAUAAAAUGGGAGCAAAAUGAAGAUAGAGAAUAUAUCAAGGAUAUUCUUAAUAAAAUCACAGAAAAAAUAAAGAAAUUAGUUUUAAAUACAAAUAUCUAUUUAUGUAUUGAAGAAUAUUUAUUCCCAACUUCCAUGUUUAAUAAAAAAUUUUUUCUAAGAAAUGUCACUCGUGAAUUAAGAAAUAUAAAAAAUUUAAUUAUAAAAAUAAUAAAUCUAUUUUAUUUUGUUGCUUUUUUUUACCCAUAUAAUAAUGACAAUAUAAUUGUAGAAUAUUUUGAAAACCGGUCUAUUUUUUCAAAAAAAAAAAAAAACAUUGAUCAAACAAUAUACAAUAUUAAAGCAACAUAUGAUGAUGUUGAUUCAAACAAUUUGAGCAAUGAUAGCAAUUCAGAUGAAUGUAAUAAAAACAAAAAUUAUGAUAAUGGCUUGUCCAAAUUUGAAGACUCAAAUUUUAAUAUGAUAUUACAGAAUAGAGAAAAAAAGGCGUUGUCAAAAUGUGACAAAUUAAAAAAUAAUGUUGAAAAAAAUCACAAACUUAAUUUAUUUUUAUUAAAAAAUUUUAAAUUAAUAUUGGAAAAUUUAUGUUAUUCUUUUAAAUAUAUAAAAACAUAUAUUUCAUUUCGUAUUUGUGAAGUUAAAGGAUCAAAUGUUUUUCCUAUAGACAAUCCAAAAUCUAUUACUGUUAUAUUAGAUCUAACUAAUUUACUUAUUAAUUAUAUUGAGAAUUUUAAUAUUAAUGAAAUUAAAUUAUAUGUUAUUUCUCUAUUAUCAUAUACUCGAUUUAAUAAUUUUAUCUCAGCUAAAAACCAAAGUUCAUAUUUAGAAAACAUUAACAGCCAAUUCAAUAAAAUGGAGGGUAUUCCAUAUAACUUAUUGGAAAAAUCUUAUAAAAAUGAAAAAUUAUUCAAACAAAAUAAUAGAGAACUAAAUUUAAUUCUUUCAAAAAAGCAAAAAAUCAUUAGAAAAUUGAAAAAAAACAAUCAACAAGCCUUAAAUGAGUUUAAAAAUACACUAAUGGAAAAUAAAGAGUUGAAACUAAAUAAUGAAGUUUUAUCAGAAUCUUUAUCAUCUAAACGAGAGUCACAAAACGAAGAAGAAUAUAACCUUCCUAUUAAAAAUAAUGUAGAUAAAAUUUUAGAUUAUAUAACUUUUAAUGAUUCUGAAAAUAAAGGAAUAACUAUUAAGGAAAAGCAACUUAUCGAAGCAUAUGUUUGUUCUUGUGUAAAAAUAAAUAAUUUAAAUUUAGAAAUCAAACAAAAUAUUAAGGACUUGGAAAAUAUGCAAAAUAAUUUCAUCACAAGAGAAGAUGAAAUACAAAAAUUAAAUCAACAAAUAGAAACCUAUAAGGAAGAAGAAGCUAACAUUCAUAAGAAGUACGAGGAGCAGAUGAAUGCCCUGCAUGACUUAAUUGUGACUCUGGAAAAGCAAGUAUCAAAAUUGAACUCAGAAAAAAAUGUAAAUAAUUUUUAUAUAUCAUGUUCAGUUUGUGGAACUAAAAAUAUGAUAGGAACCAUUUUAAAAAAUAGAAAAUGCAUUUCAUGCCAUUCCAUAAUAAUUUUUUAA